AACCCUUUGGGUGCCCACUACCACUAUUAUCAUUGCUUUGUCUGCCUGUUCAUACCAACCCAGUCACUCUACAUUGACUGAAACUGCACAAGGAGAGAACCCUACUCAGAGAACUUGUUUUGGAGGAGGAAAGAUGAUGGGUGCCUUGGUUUUGUUAUUCUCUGUGAUUUUAGAGGCAACCCUUUUGAGCUCUCCUUCUUCUGCUCUCACUGAAGAUGGUCUGACCUUAUUGGAAAUCAGAAGCACUUUAAAUGAUAGUAGAAACAUUCUUGCAAACUGGAAAGCUUCAGAUUCGUCUCCCUGCGCUUGGACUGGUAUUUCUUGUCAUCCCCAGGAUCAAAGAGUCAGUUCAAUAAAUCUGCCCUACUUGCAGUUAGGAGGGAUCAUAUCUCCCAGCAUUGGUAAACUCAGUAGAUUACAAAGAUUGGCACUUCAUCAGAACAGCUUACAUGGGAUUAUUCCUAAUGAACUUACGAAUUGCAUCGAACUCAGAGCUCUGUACUUGAGAGCUAAUUAUCUCCAGGGAGGCAUUCCACCAGAUAUUGGAAAUCUUUCUUAUCUCACUAUAAUGGAUUUGUCAAGCAACUCACUAAGGGGUGCGAUACCUUCAUCCAUUGGUCGGCUGACUCAUUUACAUAAUCUGAAUUUGUCAACCAACUUUUUCUCUGGUGAAAUCCCAGAUUUUGGAGCUCUAAGCACCUUCGGAAACAGAUCGUUUAUUGGAAAUUUAGAUCUCUGUGGUCGCCAAGUGAAUAAGCCAUGUCGAACCUCGAUGGGAUUCCCUGCAGUACUACCACAUGCAGCAAGCGAUGAAGCAGCAGCAGUUUCGACAAAAAGGUCCUCUCGUUAUAUCAAAGGACUACUGAUUGGUAUUGUGUCAACAUUGGGCCUUGUGCUCAUCAUGCUUCUUGUAUUUCUAUGGAUUUGCUUGCUGUCAAAGAAGGAAAGAGCGGCUAAAAAGUACACUGAAGUCAAGAAACAAGUUGUUCAAGAAAACACGAAGCUUAUAACUUUCCAUGGGGAUCUGCCGUACGCUUCAUAUGAGAUCAUAGAAAAGUUGGAGUCUCUUGAUGAGGAGGAUGUUGUAGGAUCAGGAGGAUUCGGCACAGUGUACCGCAUGGUCAUGAAUGAUUGUGGAACUUUCGCUGUUAAAAGAAUUGACAGGAACCAUGCUGGAUCUGAUCAAUUAUUUGAGAGCGAGCUAGAGAUAUUAGGUAGCAUCAAGCACAUAAAUUUAGUGAAUUUGCGAGGUUACUGCAGGCUGCCCACAUGGAGGCUUCUCAUCUAUGAUUUCUUGUCAAUGGGAAGUUUAGAUGAUCUUUUGCAUGAAAAAGACCGAGAACACUCGUUAAGCUGGAGUGCUCGUUUGAGAGUGGCCCUUGGUUCUGCCAGGGGAUUGGCGUACUUACAUCACGACUGCAGUCCAAAGAUAAUCCAUCGUGACAUAAAAUCUAGCAAUAUUCUCCUUGAUGAAUCUUUGGAGCCACGUGUCUCGGACUUUGGUCUUGCCAAGCUGUUGGUAGAUGAGGAUGCCCAUGUCACAACUGUGGUUGCUGGCACUUUCGGGUAUUUAGCACCAGAAUAUCUACAAAGUGGGAGAGCCACAGAGAAGUCAGAUGUAUAUAGCUUCGGAGUUCUCUUGCUAGAGCUAGUCACUGGAAAGAGACCUACUGAUUCAUCUUUUGUAAAGAAAGGCUUAAAUGUGGUUGGAUGGAUGAACACGCUAUUGAAGGAGAAACAAUUGGAAACCGUGGUGGAUAAAAGGUGCAACGACGUGGAUUUGAAAACUGUGGAGGCAAUUCUUGAAAUAGCAGCAAGGUGCACUGACGCAAACCCGGACAAUCGACCCACAAUGAACCAGGUGUUGCAGUUGCUAGAGCAAGAGGUCAUGUCUCCUUGUCCAAGCGACUUUUAUGAGUCACAUUCUGAUGACUGUUAAAUUAUAUGAAAGGUUAACGGGGGACCUGCAACCGCAUAUAUGUAGAUUUGUUUCUUGCAAUGUUUGUGAAUACUUGCCCCCCAUCCUCUGGGGGUUACAUAUAUUAAUUUCCUGCAGACAACGUUGGCCGUCUGUUGUCUUGCACAUUUUGAAAUCACAGUUUCAAUCCUAGGAAUUCCAGUCUGUCAAGAGUGGCAGUGAUGUAGGACAAGAUUUAGUAGUUUUCAGGAGUUGGUUUAAUUAUUUUUCUUUUUAUUA